AUGGCGCCUCCAGAAGAGAAAGGUUUCCUCUCCUCUCUGGCAGGAUACUACAAUACUGAUGCUCUCUCCGACGUUACCGUUACCUGCGGCGGUCAAGUAUUCAAGGCUCACAAGAUCAUCUUGUCGGCCCACUCCAAGUGCUUUGCUGCGGCUCUCAAUGGCAACUGGAAGGAGGGUUCCGAGGGAAUUAUUCGCAUCGAUGAUUUCGACCCAGACGUCGUUGACGCCAUGCUCAGAUUCAUGUACUCGUUGGAGUACAGCAACGAUGACGAUACUUCUCGCAUGAUUUUCGACGUCCGUUUAUACCAGAUUGCGGAUAAAUACGACAUCACAGAGCUGAAGGACGAGGUGAAAGAACAAUUUCAGAGAGCUGUGGGCAGUGGAUGGAAUACCAGUCAUUUUCCGAUUGCCGCCAACCUUGUCUAUGUGACAACUCCUUCUCAAGACAGAGGGCUUCGCGACAUAGUCUUCGAGGCUGUCAGCAAGAACAUCAAGACUCUUGUUGGUCUGGAUAGCUUUGACGAACUCCUCAGAACAACGCCAGAUUUGGCAGCAGAUCUGAUUCCUGACCUCUGCGGAAGAAUCGAAUCACCUGAACCGGAGUCUGAGUGCCCUGAAUGCGGCGCCCUACUUUGGUAG